CCCUUGCGAUAAGACUCAUAUUCAACCGAUCGAGAGAGAGAGAGAGAGACUCAGAUCAGGUUAACAGCAAUUGCCCUCUCUGAGCAUUUUCCAGUCAUAUACUGUUCAACAUAGUCUUCUCGAGAAAUUAUUAUGGGUUUUCAGUUUCAGGGCAACCCCACGAAGCAGGAAAUUGCUCAACAAACUAAAUCGGCGAUUUGAAAAAGAUCGGGCAAGGAUCAAAGACCAAGAUGAACCCUAGGAAUCUCAGGACGGUGAAUUCUGACAUGAAGCUGCAAGACGAAGACAAAACCCCCGAUUGGGCGAUCGACAUCAACUGCCACCUUGAAGAAGGUCAUACCUUCGAUGCAGGGAAGUCUUGGACCAUCUACAGAGUCCCAAACAAUUUCCACCAAGUGCGCGAGAGUGCUUUUGACCCAAAAAUCAUAUCUGUUGGCCCUUUCCAUUGUAAAGAAUCAAGUUUGCAGGCCAUGGAGGAGCACAAGAUGCGUUAUUUGGUGCGGCUUUUGGGAGGCAAGUUUGAAAAAGAAGGAGGGAGUGGGCUGGAUGGAGAGGAACUACCUCGCAAGACCGUGAAACUUGAGGAUCUCGUGAAAUCAAUGAAAUUGUUGGAGCAGAAAACAAGGGCAUGCUACUCGGAGAAUUUCAAUAAUAUCAAAAGCGAUGAGUUUGUGCACAUGAUGGUCACUGAUGGUUGCUUCGUGGUUGAAAUAUUGCGCCAGUAUUACAAGCAUGUCAAGCACGAGGAAGCAAAACUCAAGGAUCUUGAUUCAAGAUCAAAAAAGGGUAUCGCUGCAAUAAUUGAGACUGUUGAUGAUCCUUCCAGGCAAAAGAAGACUGUUGAUGAUCCUAUCUUUGAAACUCGAUGGAUGCUCAGAACCCUUCAACGUGACCUCUUAAUGCUCGAGAACCAACUUCCUUUUUUUGUCCUCGAAGAACUCUUCAAACUCACGAGCACCGAUCAGGAAGAAACCUCACUUCCAGUACUCGCAGUAACCUUCUUCAACCCACUUCUUCCGAGAGAAGAUAUAGCUGCCAAGCUCGACAAAGAAGAAGAGUAUGAUCACCUCCUCGAUGUCUUCCGCAGCACUUUCCUCUCAGCAGUCAGAAAAAAAGUGAAAGCCCAUGGGUGGUCGGGGUCCUCGCACAACUUAAGUAUGCCUGCAAUUGCAUCCCAAGACAGAAACUUAAUCCUCGAUGUCUUCCUCACCACUUUCCUCUCAGCAGUCCAAGCAUGCACAAGACGGGGUACCCACGGGUCGUUCUCAUCCUCCCACAGCUCCGCAUCCCAAGACAGACAAUUGAACCACUGCGCAAUUGAAGUGCAGGAGGCCGGAGUUGAGAUCCAAAAACAAGAGAACUGUGAUUUGCUGGACAUCAGUUACAACGACGGGGUUCUCAAGAUUCCUCCGUUACCUAUCAAUGACGACACUGUCCCCUUGUUCUUUAAUUUUAUAGCCUUUGAGCAAUGCGACGACGCGGCAAGACCCUUCUUCACCAACUUCUUCAUGUUCCUUGACAGCUUAAUCUAUUCCAAGCUUGACGUACAGAUCCUCCACAGAGAAGCAAUCAUCAACCAUGCUCUUGGGAGCAACAAAGCUGUGGCAAUCCUGAUAAAUACACUGGCGAGGCAGAUUGUCUACGACCCAUCCCAAUGUUACUUGUCGGCCGAGAUGAAGAAGGUGAACCAUCGUUGCAAGGUUUAUUAUGAGAGCAAAUUGCGGACCUGGUGGAGAAACCUAGUAAGGAAAUACUUCAGCAACCCGUGGUCGAUCCUAUCUCUGGCAGCGGCUAUUCUCCUAUUGAUUCUGACAGUUGUGCAAACCUUCUACACCAUAUAUCCCGUCUACAAAUAAGAAAAUUUUUAAUUCGAUGAACUCUUCCAGUGAAAUUUCAAUAAUUUCUGUUUUGUUUUGGGGCUUGCCAGGUUUCUUGAAUUUUAUGAAGAGGUUAUAUAAUGUAUUUAUUGUAAUUCGAUACUGAACAUAGUAUUGUAUGCAUUGAAUAAAGCUUGAGUGUGAUAUUGAAAGAGGUGUGUUGGUUG